AUGAACACUUUUCAGUUAAAAGACGCUAAAACUGUGCCUGAUAUUGUACACGAGUAUACAAAAGAUUUGAGAAAUAAUAAAGUUCCUAUUAUUAUAGAUAAUGGUUCAUGCAUGUGCAGAAUAGGAUGGGCAACACAAAAUAAGCCCAAAUUAAUUUUCCGAAAUUUAAUUGCUAAAACAAGGAGAGAGCGAGGUAAAAAGGAAAGUGGAGGUGAACUUCAGGUUGGAAAUGAAAUUGUUAAUAUCGAGGCUGUAAGAUUUCAACUUAAAAUGCAAUUUGACAGAAAUGUCGUUACUCAUUUGGAAGCUCAGGAACAACUUUUUGAUUAUGCUUUUUUACAUUUAGGAAUUGAUACAGAUGGAAAAGUCGAUCAUCCCGUUCUUAUUACCGAGCCUUUUCUAAACCUUAAUUAUUGCAGGCAUUUGAUGUCGGAAUUGUUAUUUGAAUGUUACAACAUUCCUGCUUUAAAUUAUAGUGUAGACUCACUCCUUAGUUAUAAAGCCUACAGUAAUUUAGCAAAUGGAUUAAUUAUUAGUUUCGGUUAUCAUACAACUCACAUAAUCCCAGUUUUAAAUGGUAAAUGUGAUCCUGGAAGAUCGAGACGAAUUAAUUUAGGUGGUUUUCAUAUUAUUAAUUACCUUCACAGGCUUUUGCAAUUAAAAUAUCCUUCACAUUUUAAUGCUAUUACAAUAAGCAGAGCUGAGGAACUCAUACAUGAUCACACAUUUAUCGCUGUCAACUAUGAAGAAGAGUUAAAGAAAUGGGCUGAACCGAUGCACUAUGAUGAAAAUGUUCAUAUUAUUCAAUUACCAUAUUCUAUACCAGUUACACCUAAUCCCUUAUCGGUGGAACAGCAAAAAGAAAAGAAAAAAGAAUUAGCUAGACGUUUAAUUGAAAUAAAUGCUAGGAAAAGAGAAGAAAAACUAGCAGAAGAAGAGGAAUCAUUACAAAAUUUGCUUAGUACUAGAGAAUUGUAUGAAGAAGGUCGAAUGAAAGAGUUUUCGAAAGCUUUAAAUAGUUUAGAUCUUACAAAUAUAACUCAACUCAAUAAGCAAAUAACUAUAGUGGAAUUAAGAAUAGAAAAAAUAAAACAAAAAAUAAUAGCAGCAAACACAGCAUCUGAAAGUUUAGAAGAUAAUAAACCAAAACCAGUCCAUCAAAUUUACGGUCCAAAAGGAAGAGAAGAUUUUGAUGUUUGGCUUGCUGAUAUUAAACAACAAAGACAACAGCUUUUAAAUAAAAGAAUGGCAAGGAGGCAAAGAAAAAAAGAUUUAGCACAGAGAAGAACAGCUGCAGCACAAGAAAGAAUGAGACUUAUUAGUCAAUUGGCCAGAAAAGACAAAAAAGAUGACAAUUUUGGUUCUAGAGAUGAAGAUUGGGAUGUGUAUAAAGCAAUAAAUAAGGAUGCUGGAUCAUCAGAUAGCGAAGAAGAAAAUGAAAGGUUGAAUGAAUUAGAAGAGGUAUUAAAACAUCACGAUCCAGCUUUUGAUUGUGGAAAUAACGAUGAGUCAAUGGAACCAGGUGAAAGUCAUCAACUUCAUGUUGGCAUUGAAAGAAUGAGAGCACCUGAAGUUCUUUUUCAACCUGCUCUUAUAGGAAAUGUUGAAGCAGGUCUUGCAGAAACAAUCGAAUUUGUUCUUAAAAGAUUUACUGCAGAGGAACAAAAUGCUUUGGUAUCAAAUAUAUUUUUAACAGGUGGAUGCGCUUCUUUCCCUGGUUUAGCUGAGAGAUUAAAUCGAGAAUUAAUGGAAGUAAGGCCUCAUAAAUCAACAUUUAAAAUAACAAAAGUAGACAAUCCAGUUUUAGCCGCAUGGAAUGGUGGGAAAAAAUUAGCAUCUCUUUCAGAAUUUCAGGAUACUUUAUUUACAAAGGCAGAUUAUGAAGAAAAAGGAGGAGAAUAUUUUAAAGAACAUUCUACAUCAAAUUUUUAUUUUCCUUCUCCUUCACCGAUUUCAACAAAUGUUUCCUCUACUGGGAAUAAUUAA